UUGUUUUUAGCAACCAAAAAGACCGUCAUAACUAACCCAAUUCUCAUCACUUCCACCUGACCCACAUCUCCGUUACAAAUCACUCUGUCUGUUCCUCUCUCAAUUACAAAUCUCAAAUCUCAAUCAACACAUCCAAAACCCUAAUUCAACACACAAUUUUCACCCCUUUUUCCACUCCUAAUGCCUUCAUCCCGUAAAUUCUUCCACGCUCGUCACCCAUCCAACAUAAUUACCCGUAAAUCACUAGCAUUAGUCCUCUCUCUUUUGAUCGGCUUCGCUGGUUUGUUAUUGUUCAGCAUUGUUGUUUUCAGACAAGAUAUUACUACUGGAGUGUACGAUAAACCUUUAUCGGUUUCGGUUGUUUGGGAUCAAAGUGGUGGUGGUGGUUUGGUGUCUGGUGGGGUUCAGAAGCGGCAUAAAGUGAUGGGUUUUGUGGGAAUUCAAACGGGUUUUGCUUCGGUUGGGAGACGGAGAGCCUUGAGGAAGACAUGGUUUCCUUCCGAUCAUCAAGGUUAUUUUGUUGAUCAAAUGUUAUGCAGAUUAGAAGAGUCCACAGGGCUGGCCUUCAGAUUCAUUAUCGGUAAAACUCACGAUAGAUCAAAAAUGGCAGCGCUCAAGAAAGAAGUGGAGGAAUAUGAUGAUUUCGUGCUUUUGGAUAUCGAUGAGGCGUACAGUAAGCUCCCAUACAAAACGUUGGCUUUCUUCAAAGCUGCCUAUGCCCUAUUCGAUUCUGAUUUUUACGUUAAAGCUGACGAUGACAUAUAUUUGCGACCAGAUCGCCUCUCGCUGCUUUUGGCUAAAGAGCGUCGUCACACGCAGACGUAUAUUGGAUGCAUGAAGAAAGGCCCGGUGUUUACUGACCCAAAGCUAAAAUGGCACGAGCCGCUAGGAUAUAUGCUUGGGAAAGAGUACUUUCUUCAUGCUUAUGGUCCGAUAUAUGCUCUUUCGGCAGAUGUUGUUGCGAGCUUGGUUGCGUUAAGAAAUAACAGUUUCCGGAUGUUUAGCAAUGAAGAUGUUACCGUUGGCGCAUGGAUGCUUGCGAUGAAUGUUACACAUGAAAAUAAUCGUCAACUUUGUCAGCCGGAAUGUACCGCUACAUCCAUUGCUGUCUGGGAUAUUCCCAAAUGUUCAGGUCUCUGUAACCCUGAGAAGAAGAUGUUGGAACUUCAUCAAAUGAAAAUAUGCGCAAACAGCCCAACUUUGGUAUCUAAUGAGUAGCACAGAAUGCCAAAGUUCCGGAUUUUCGUGCCCCUGGAUGAUAACUGACCCGAAACUUGUAUCAGAAAAUUAAUUUGUUUGUUCUCAA